UCUUCAGUUCCCCGACAGAGUGCCGGGAAACAGGCUUCUUGAGCAGCAGAAGCAAAAUGACACGAGUGCUCUGUUUGUGCCUACCCCGGGUUCAGCCUACACUUCGGGCUUUGGCAGAUACAAUUUUGCGGGGCUAACAGACAGUUGUCAAUACAUUUGAGUCAAGCCAGUGCUUCCCUAGGCGGCGAUAUAGCAGACCAUUUGUCGAGCGAUGGCGUAAAACACCGUCCUUGCAUAUGUAGUUGAGAGGUCAAAUCUCCAAGUUUGAAGAAUUUGGCAGGAGUCGCGCAAUUGCGAAGACACAGCCACUCCCUCCAAAACUUGUCCAACAGGACCAUGACAAGAGCACACCGUUUUACUAUCCUUGCCACCAUCUUCACCUUUAUCUAUGCGUUAACCUGUCUUUCUAUAAUACCUUUACCCCUCGUUAGCAAGGAAGUUGCUCAUCAACUCAUCCCCGUUCUACCUUGGUGGCUACUAGUGUCUUUCGGUGCAUACUCUCUCGCCACGUUGGGAUGGGGGUUAUGGACGUUUAAAGAUUGCCCCGACGCGUACGAGGAACUAAUGAGGGAAAUAAGCCUGGCGAAGAACGAGCUGCGGUCAAAAGGCGUUUCAGUUGACUGAGCCAUCUCUCUUGGCUUUGACUUCAUUUCCUGGGGCUAUGUGUUGACACACGAAUGUAGUGAACCGGAGAGUAGUCCCGCCGACUUCAUAUGAUUGGAACCUAUGUGCUCUUCCAAAUCCAACCAUCCUUUGCAACCUGGUGCAGCCGACACGAAAUGCAAAAAUCGUGCUG